AAUUGGGAAUUUGGGAGAUUUUAAGCGAUGUAGGUGGAAAAAUUGAAGCCUCUCUGUAAUCCGCGUCUUUCCGAUGGUGCGGCCUUCAUCCAUUGUCGAGAUACCGGAUAGACGACGGCGUUACUCUGACCGCGAAAACGGUCGCUACAACUCCGAAUCCGAUGAUUCUGCCGACUACCGCCGCCGUCGCAGCCCGACAUACGAUAGUUACGAUCGAGAUAACCGUCGCCGUGAUGCAGAUCAGCGCCGCCAACGCUACCGUUCUGAUUCACCCGAAGACCGAAGCCCUAGAAGGCGAAGUCCCGUCCCUAACCGAACCCUAAGUUCCCUGCCCAAGAAAUUUGGCAGGAAAGGUAGCUACCUGGACCGUGAUUAUCGGAAUGGAAAACAUUCGGAUUCCGAAUCUGAUGAGGAGUUGAAGGGAUUGAGCGUUGAGGAGCGAAGGAGGCUGAAGAGGCAGAAGAUGAGGAAGGCCAUGAAGUUCUGUAUUUGGGAGAAUACGCCGAGUCCACCGAGGAACGACGAAGAUGAUUUUGAGUAUAAAGCUGAUGAAAUUUCUGAGAAUUACGGGGAGGAGAAUGGCGAGGAGAAGAGCGAUUCAGAUGUGAAGGUCAAAGGAAAGGAGGAGAAGAGUGAUAGGAAGGCAAAAUCUGAGUCAGAUUCUGGGAAAAGCGAGUCAGAAAGUGAGCCCGAGUCGAAAUCUGAAUCUGAGACGGAUGAUUCGAGGUCAAGGAGGAGGAGGAAGAGUUCAAGCUCUAAGCGCAGAAGUAGGAAAUCCUCGUCCCAUGCUAAUAGCGAAACCGAGGAAAGUGAAAGUGAAUCAGAUGAUGAAGAGGAUCGAAGGCGUAGAAGGAAGUCAAGGAAGAGGCAGAGUGGACGUAGCAGGAGCACCAAGAAAAGUAGUAGUAGAAGUAAAAGCAGCCGGAGGAAGGGAAGCUAUAGUGAUUCUGAUGCGAGUGAAAGUGCAGAAAGUGGAACUGAGGAAUCUGAUGCAAGUCAAUCUUCUGAUGAUCGCGUGAAGUCAAAGAAGAGGAGACGCUCUUCAAGUUCAAGGUCCAAACGUAGCAAGAGAAAGAGACAGUCUGAAACAAAGAGUGAGAGUUCGGAUGGGGCGUCGGAUUCUGAAACUGAUGCAAAGAUUAAGGCAAAUGAGGAUGAAGAUAAGCAGGCUGAGAUCAAUGCAGAGGUGCUUAUGUUUAAAGAAAUGAUUGAGGCUCAGAAGAAACCCGCAUUGGAUAAUGAACCAUCAGUUGGUCCAAUGCCAUUGCCGAGAGCUGAGGGGCAUAUCAGUUAUGGUGGUGCCUUGAGGCCUGGUGAAGGUGAUGCUAUUGCACAGUACGUUCAGCAAGGUAAGCGUAUCCCACGAAGAGGUGAAGUGGGUCUUUCAGCAGAGGAGAUUCAGAAGUUUGAGAACCUUGGGUAUGUGAUGAGUGGUAGUAGGCAUCAGAGAAUGAAUGCCAUUCGUAUUAGGAAAGAAAACCAGGUUUACAGUGCUGAGGAUAAGAGGGCGUUGGCCAUGUUCAACUAUGAAGAGAAAGCAAAACGUGAGCACAAGGUUAUGGCUGAUUUGCAGCGGCUGGUGCAGCGCCAUAUUGGCCAGGAUGUUGGUCCUACUCAUGAUCCUUUUGGUGCUAAAGAUGCUGCUGAUAUUUGAUUCUCCUGUCUUAGGAGCUAAAAACUGCGUUUUGUUAGAUGAACUUUCCCUGCAUUUCUUAAACAUCAAUGAAGCAUACUGAGUGGAUAGAGGAAUCUCCAUGCUGGACAAUGGAGGGAGUGAAAUUAAUGCAAUUGAGUAAAGGAUGGCAGGAUCUCUAUUGCUACAAUGGCGAACACAUGUUUCAGGAUGGUAACAGAUAAACUACUUUUUGGAGGAGAGUUUCAGCAUGCUGAUGAUGCUGUUAAGAAGAAACCAACUUGGACAUCGUGCUGUUGAUGCUGGCUGAAGCUGAGAUAAUGGCUUGAGUAAGGAAGAGAUAUGAUUUGAUUUGUGGGAAUUGGGACUUGAGAGGCAGGGAGGGACCAGAAACUGAAUGAAUAGAGGUAAAGUUUAGUUAACAUGAUUUGAUCAAGGAUUGGAUUCAAAAUGCCUCUAGGAUUUUGAAAAAGAUGAAUACUUUUAAUGUGUUCUCUGAUCUCUGCUAGCACCACACUUUUCUGCAUUUGGAAAAUAUGAAUGCUAUGUAUGUCUUUGAUUCAUGAAAAAUAAAACUUAUCCCUAACC